AUGAAACUCAUCAGCAUGGCCCUGAUGUGUCUGCUGCUGGCUGCCAUGUGGCCACAAGAUGUGGACAGCAAGAGCAUGCACGUGGCCUCCUCUCGCUGCUGCUUCAGCUUUCUGAAGAGAAUGCCUUACCAGAAGUCAAUCCAGUGUUACAGAGAGAUCAGCCCCUCCUGUUCCCACCGGGCUGUUGUAUUCAGGAUGAAGAAAGGUCAAGAAAGCUGUGCCAAGAGAACAGAUGCGUGGGUUCAGCGUUACCUGAAGGAGGUGAAACCCUGCCCGCUGAGGUGA